UGGUGAGAAUGUUGUGAUUUUGGGUGGUUGAUGGAGUAAAUCCCCUAGUUCUGUGCUCGCCGUGAGGUCAGUUUUUCUGGUUUUUACGUAACAGUUUAUAAUGUAAAAAAGCUUCAUUAUGUUGAAUAGAGCAUUUUCCUACAUACGUGAAAUGUUUAGUAACAUGGAGAUAUCGGAAGAUCUUUCAAGUUCGGAAGAACUUUCAAAUUCGGAAGAAAAUUUAACAGUUGAUGCCGCCGUGAAUGAUGUCGGGAUCAUAAGAUCUGAAAUGAAAUCAAGUGAUCUAGCAGUAAUAACGCAUAAUUUAGAUAAGAAAGAUUUGAUUGGCGUUUUGUAUUUGGUUUGCAAUGAUCCGCUUAGCAUAUUAGAACAAGAAAAUAGAAGUUUAUGUGAAGCUUUCAAAGCCUGGACGUACAAUGAUGUAAACUGGUCUAAAAAGCUAUUGGAAGCUUUAUGUAUAAUUCAAAAUUAUCAGAUACUACAUCAACUGAAUUAUAAUAAGGAGUCAUUGAUACAGGAGUUCCUGCCACGACAACUUGUUGUGACUACAUAUUUAUUAAGGAAAAGGAAGGCCCUGUACUAUUUAGCAGAGAAUUUAAAUAAAAGUGAAACAACACAGUUAAUAAACAAAGUUAAAUUAGAUUUCCAAACUAAAAACAUGAAAUUCAAGGAUUUCACAGCUUCUGAUUGUUAUUUAGAAUGGUAUCUCCUACAUUGGGAAGUUUGUGGGUAUGAUUUUGGAAAUUUGUUAAAACAUCUGAAAUCCAUGGAUUUAAUUCAUUUAUGUGAAAAACUUAAAGCUAUUAUUAAACCAGUUAAUGAAGAAAUAAUUAACAACAUAGAGGAUAUGAAUAAAUCAGUUGUUAAUGUGAAUAAGUCUGUACCGCAGGAGAUAACCAGAAGUAAAAAAACUUGGGAUAAUGCUAGACAAAAUAGUAUAAGUUCAGAAAGCAGUGCAGGUGCAAGUAUGAGACAUGACAAUUUAGAUAGUUUUAUAUCAUCUGAUACAUAUUUUAUUGACAAAGACAACCCAGGUGUUGUUUUAAUUAUUAAUCAGUUUAGCUUUUAUCGAGAAUUUGAAAAAAGACAUCAUGAUCUGUUGUCUAAGGAGCCACUUGAGAAUCGGCAUGGCACAGAUGUGGAUCGAGAUACAUUGGAAGAAACAUUUAAAUUUUUUGGAUUUAAAGUUAUUAUUAAAGAGAACUGUGAUCAUGAGCUAAUGCUUGAAGAAAUUGAAAAAGUAAUCAUGGGUAUUACAGUUGAAUGUAGUUUAUUUAUCUGUAUUUUGUCUCAUGGUGACAAAAACUUGGUAUAUGGUUCAAAUAGCUGCAAAAUAAAAGUUUCAGACAUACAAUCAUUAAUGUCCAAGAAAAAUAAGAAGAAUUUAAAACAUAAACCAAAGGUGCUGAUACUCCAGUCUUGCCAGGGUAAAGAUAUACAAACAAUUAACCCAAAUGAUGAGGAUUCUUGUGAUGAAUUAACUACUGAUGGUGGAGGAGACCUUGUGCCAGAUACUGUUGAUAUGUUAACAUUUUGGGCUACCGUUCCGGGAUACGCCGCCAUUCGCGACAAGCAGCAUGGCACCUGGUUUAUACAGGCAUUGUGCGAUAGAAUAAAACGCUUUGGUCACAGGAAGAAUUUUUUGGAAAUUUGUACGUCAACUGUUGAUUGUGUAACACAAAUGAAGCACAAAAAUUUCGUGAUGACCCCAUACAGUAUGUCAACAUUAAGGAAAAAUCUGGUUUUGCCCAAGGUUUCAGACUUUGAAGAUACCAGUGAAUGUUAAAUUUUAUACAGUCUCCAUAGCAUGUAAAACUUUUUAUAAGACAAGUAAUAUUUUAUUUAUACAUAGUUUUCGUGAUUUUUAAUUUAUUUUUGUGUUGAAAAAUAUGUUACAUAUUAUUUUAAACAUAAAAAUGUGUAUGUACUAAGUUUAUAUAAUAUAUGUUUUAUUAUUUAA